AUGAACCUCCCCUUAGGACUACAUCAAAUUGAAAACCUAAAUGGAUCAAACUUUAAACAAUGGAAGCGAGAUAUAGAGCUGCAUCUAGGAAUGAUAGAUUUUGACCAUGUCCUUAAGGAAGAUCCACCAGCUGAACCAACACCAACUACCAGUAAAGAAGUGAAAGAUAAGUACCAUCAAUGGCACAAACACAACAGAUUGACCCUAGUAAUCCUGAAGAAAUUUAUGACAGAUGCUGUGAGAGGUGGUAUACCUGAGUCUGAGUAUGCUAGGGAAUACUUCAAAAACGUAGAAGAAAAAUUCAAAGUGUCAGAUAAAGCUGAAAUUGGAAACUUGAUGAAUACUCUCAUUACCAUGAAGUUUGACGGAGUUGGAAGCAUUAGAGAAUAUAUAAUGAAGGGUAUUGAUGUAGCUGCAAAACUCAAGGUCCUAAAUGUCAGUAUUGAAGACACCUUCUUGGUACACUUGCUUUUGCAUUCUCUACCUCAACAAUAUAGUCAGAUGCAGUCAAAUUAUAAUACACAGAAGGAGAGUUGGAGUGUAAAUGAAUUGAUUUCAAUAUGUGUCCAAGAAGAGGACAUAGUUAAGAAGGGAAAGAGCAUUGGAGUGAAUCUUGUCAGCACGCCUCAAUUUAAAAAGAAAUUCAGCUAUAGGCCAAACCAAUCUGGUACCUCAUCUUCCAAAGUUUCUCAGGGAACUUCUCAGGGAUCUAGCAACUUUAAAAAUUUUAAGAAUGGUUUUGUGAAGUGUUUUUUCUGCCGAAAGCCUAGUCAUGUCAAAAAGGAUUGCAAAGGUUUUAAAGACUGGCUCAUAAAGAAAGGGAUAUCUAAGAAAGAGGAUACCAAAUAAACAUGAGGCUAGGAUUAACUCGGGGAAUGGCAACAGAAUAGCAGUUAAAGCAAUUGGAGUAGUUAGAUUAUUUUUUCCUAGUGGUUUUACUUUAGAUUUGGAUAAUGUGUACUGCAUACCUUCUAUGCAGAGAAAUUUAGUUUCAGGAUCUCUUUUUG